AUGGCCAAGAAGCAGGACCCCGCCAUCACAAAUCAUGUGUCCGGUCAGUCCAACAAGCCGAUCUCGGCACCGCCCCAUACCUUGCCUGUGAACAAGGUCGUCGAGGAGCUUCAAACCAAUGGCGACGAAGGCCUCAGCCCGGCCGAAGCUGCCAAACGCCUGGAAGAAUAUGGCGGAAACGAGUUUGGCGAAGAGCAGGGUGUCCAGCCCUUUAGGAUCAUCAUGGGCCAAUUGGCCAAUGCCAUGACUCUGAUUCUCAUCCUCGCCAUGGCCGCCUCCCUUGCCAUCAAGUCCUGGAUCGAGGGCGGCGUCAUCGCCGCCGUCAUCCUCAUCAACGUCACCGUCGGAGCCACUCAGGAGUUCAAGGCCGCCAAGACCAUGGACUCCCUCCGCUCCCUUAGCUCCCCGACCGCCAGCGCCGUCCGCGACGGUGAAACCAUGGUUGUGCCCACCGUCGAGAUUGUCCCCGGUGACAUGGUCGACCUCAAGACAGGCGACACCGUCCCCGCCGACGUGCGCCUGAUCGAGGCCAUCAACUUCGAGACCGACGAGGCCCUCCUGACUGGAGAGUCCCUCCCCGUUCGCAAGGAGGCCGACUCUACCUUUGAGGCCGAUACAGGCCCGGGAGACCGUCUCAACGUCGCCUACAGCUCCUCCACCGUCACUAAAGGUCGCGCCCGCGGCAUCGUCUUCGCUACCGGCAUGUUCACUGAAAUCGGCCAGAUCGCUGCUGCCCUCCGCGGCAAGACGUCUCGUCGCCGCCCUGUCAAGAAGAAGGAGGACGGAACCGCCAACAUUGGCCGCUAUGGUAUUGCCUACUUCCUUACUGCUUACGACGCUGUGCUCCGCUUCCUCGGCGUGACCGUUGGGACCCCGCUUCAGAAGAAGCUCUCCAAGUUCGCCAUCUUGCUCUUCUUCGUUGCCAUUAUCUGCGCCAUCAUCGUGCUGGCUGCCAACAGCUUUUCCUCGAAACAGGAGGUUGUUAUCUACGCUGUCGCUACUGGUGUCUCUAUGAUUCCCGCUUCGCUCAUCGUUGUGCUUACCAUCACUAUGGCUGCCGGUACCAAGCGAAUGGUGGCCCGACAUGUCAUUGUCCGAAACUUACGCAGUCUGGAAGCUCUCGGUGCCGUCACCAACAUUUGCUCCGACAAGACCGGUACCCUCACCCAGGGUAAGAUGGUUGUCCGAAAGGCCUGGCUCCCUGGAACGGGAACCUACUCUGUCGGCAACACCGGCCGGCCCUUUGAUCCCACCGAAGGCGACGUAUCCUUCUCCGAAAAGGCACCCAAGGAAACCACCUCCAACCCGGAGAAGAAGAAGGACGAGGUCAUCGACCGGGUCAAGGCCGUUGAAGGCAACGAGACCCUGAACCAGUUCCUCAACGUCGCUUCGCUGGCCAACACGGCCACCGUUCGUCACGCCGAGGGCGAGGAGGGCGUCUGGCACGCGCGAGGCGACCCCACCGAGAUUGCCAUCCAGGUUUUCGUCUCCCGCUUCAACCGCAACCGCUUGGAUAUCUCGGGCGACAACCACCAGUGGCGCCAAAUCUCCGAGUUCCCCUUUGAUUCUGAUGUCAAGAAGAUGUCCGUCAUCUUCGAGGACACCCAGGCCGACCAACAGUGGGUCUUCACCAAGGGCGCCGUCGAGCGCAUCAUCGAUUCCUGCCCUCUCGUCCGCUUCGGCGAUGAGGAGAUUCCCAUGACGGAGGAGAUCAAGGCCAGCGUCUUGGAGAACCUAGAGGCCCUCGCCCGCCUCGGCCUUCGCGUCCUCGCCCUCGCCAGCCGCACCGGUAUCCGCAAAGUCAGCGCCAAGGACAACGAGCUUGAUCGUGCCGAAUUCGAGCAAGACCUUGCCGGCAUCGGCGUCCACAUGCUUACCGGCGACCACCCCGAGACUGCCCGCGCCAUCGCCAAGGAGGUUGGCAUCCUGCCUAGCCGUACCCAAGAGAUCUCUGCCGACGUUGCCAAGGCCAUGGUCAUGACGGCUCGCGAGUUCGACAAGCUCACCGAAGACGAGAUUGACCAGCUGCCCCUCCUACCCCUCGUCAUCGCGCGUUGUGCCCCUAGCACAAAGGUUCGCAUGAUCGAAGCUCUCCACAGGCGCAAGAAGUUCGCCGCCAUGACUGGCGACGGUGUCAACGACUCUCCCAGUUUGAAGCAGUCCGAUGUUGGUAUCGCUAUGGGACAGGCCGGAUCUGACGUCGCCAAGGAAGCCUCGGAUAUCAUUCUCACGGACGACAACUUUGCCUCGAUUCUCAACGCCGUCGAAGAAGGACGACGCAUGUUUGACAACAUUCAGAAGUUUGUGCUCCACGUUCUCGCGCAGAACAUUGCGCAGGCAUGCACGCUUCUCAUCGCCCUCGCCUUCAAGGAUCAUACUCGCCUCUCCGUUUUCCCCUUGUCCCCCGUUGAAAUUAUGUGCCUCCCGGACAUCAUGAAGCGACCUCCCCAGAACUUGAAGCAAGGUGUCUUUACCCCCGAGCUCAUGCUUGACAUGCUUGUGUACGGCCUAUGGAUGGCAGCUCUCUGCCUCAGCAGCUUCGUUCUUGUCCUGUACGGGUUCGGUGACGGCGAGAUCGGCGAGAACUGCAAUAACCACUACUCGGAGGGCUGCGAUACCGUGUUCCGUGCCCGUGCGACCUGUUUCACUGCCAUGGUAUGGUUCUCGCUCUUCCUUGCUAUCGAGAUGAUGGAUCUCCGACGCAGCUUCUUCCGCAUGAAGCCCAAGAGCCCCCACUAUCUGACGCAAUGGGCCCGCGAUCUGUGGGAGAACCGCUUCCUCUUUUGGUCCAUCCUGGCGGGCGGCAUCUCUUGGGAGUGGGGCAUUGUGUUUGUCGAGACGGCUGUGUUCUUUGCGGGCGUCGAGGCGUGGAAGCUCGCCAAGCGCAUAUGGUUCCGCAAGAAGGCAGCCAAGAAGACGGGCGGUGUCACUGAUCUGGAGUCGAGGGUGUUUAGCCGCUACUACAGUAUCGGCCGAUCUGACUCGGAGACUGAUACCCCGUUUGUCAAGACCAAGAUCAAGGAUGAGAACCAAGAGGGUUGA